AUCCCAUUGGGCCGUGGUCUGGUUAACUGAGCAACGUAUUUUUGUUCCUGUGUCAACUAAAAAAGAAGAAAAGCGCAGGAGCUAGCGAGCAGAAGUUUCUACCAAAUAAUUAUUUUUUUAGUUCCACAUAGACAGAAAGGCCUCAUCGUGUAAUCUAAAACCCGCUGGCUUGAAAGAGCUAAUUUUGAAAAUGAACUCCAAUGUGGAGAAUUUGCCCCCUCAUGUUCUUCGCUUGGUGUACAAAGAAGUAUCAGCAUUAGCCGCGGACCCUCCAGAGGGUAUCAAGAUCUACCCCAGUGAUGAAGACAUAACAGAACUGCACACUGCCAUAGAAGGCCCCGAGGGAACCCCAUUUGCCGGCGGCGUGUUCCGAAUGCGGCUGGUCCUCGGCAAGGACUUCCCUGCUGUUCCACCCAAGGGGUAUUUCCUGACCAAAAUUUUCCACCCCAACGUGGGCCACAAAGGCGAGAUCUGUGUCAACGUCCUCAAGAGGGACUGGAAGGCAGAACUCGGCCUCAGACACGUCUUACUCACAAUCAAGUGUCUCCUCAUCCACCCAAACCCCGAGUCGGCUCUCAACGAGGAGGCGGGCCGCCUGCUCCUGGAGGACUACACAGAAUACGAGGCACGAGCCCGCCUCCUCACCGAAAUCCACGCCAUGACGGGGCCCGGCGGCUCCUCGGGAGCCUCGCAGGACCCCAUCGACGGGCCGCAGCCCAAGAAGCACGCGGGAGACCUUGGCAAGUGGGCGGGAGUCAGCUCGGCGGCCGUGCCCGCCGCUCUCGGAAAUGGCGCCAGUGGACCCAGCACGACCGCUAGCGGCAGCAGUAGUAGCGCCAUGAAUAGCAUAGCAGUGAAAAAGAAAGCCGAUAAAAAGCGUGCAUUGAGGCGACUUUAAUGCAACAUUUUCGGGUUUGCGUGUGUGUGUGUGCGUGCGUGCAAGGGUGUAAAUACAGAGAUCCGAGUUCUUUUAAAGUUGUUUUCCUUUUUGACCACCACAAUCCAGACUGUCCACUUUGUACUGUAGCGUUUGACCUGUCAGAAUUAAAUUCAGAAUUAAAAUGGUAACG